GUCAAUGUGCGGCACCGGAAGGGUUUCAGUGCUGCACAAGGCAUUGUUACAUGACCUAACACAGGUUGUUGGAGAAGCUGGUGGAGUAAUAAGAUGACCAUUAGUCCGAGAUGUCUCCAUCAGCAGGACGAGCUCUCAGUGGUUUCACCCGAAGGAUCCUCAGCAGUGGGGUGUUGAUUAAACACGCGUCAUCCACCGUGGGUGCCAGGUCUCUAGCACUGACCUCAUGGGUAUCCUCAAGGUCAAACCCCCCCAAAGAAGAUAAAGUGGUCAACAGUGAACCCAUCAAGUUUUCCACCAGUAAGGCCAGUCACCGGACCUGGAAAGUGGACCGCUCCAUGGGCAGCCAGCACCAGCGGCCUUGGUGGAAAGUGCUUCCCAUCAGCCUGACCUUCACCGCGUUUCUGUUGUGGUGCGCUAUGAGGAAGGAGACGGACGUUGAUGCAAAACUUUCCAAACGUUUACCCAGCUUGGUUUCAGAUGAAGACUCAGAACAAGCUGAAGAUAACUGAGGUUCAACCAGGGUUUCCAACUCUAGGAUAUACUUUUAUGUCAAUUUUUGGACUGAUUUUAAGUUUAAUGGGCCCAUGAAAAGAGAAUUAUGUUAUGAAAGACUAUUGGGCCCGUGUUCUUUUUCUGGUAACAAAUUAAAAUGAAUUUGCUUCA